AUGUCUUUAUCUCCAUAUCCAUCGAAGCCUAUUACCGAUAUUUUCACUCCCCAAGACCUGACGAUUGAUCGAAGAAAACGAGGUCGAAUAGUGCCUAUGAGAGUAUUGGUUCUCGGAAUGGGGAGAACAGGCACAGCAUUCCUCAUCACUGACGUGGAAAUAGGGUAUAUGGAUACAUAUCAUAUGAUGAGUGCGAGCGUGGAGAAUCCACUCGAUUGUCUGUUAUGGCAGCAAGCCUUUGCAGCAAAGUAUCAUGGGGUAGGAACUUUUGGGAAAUGUGAAUGGGACCAGCUUCUUGGCCAUUGUCAAGCCGUAUGUGACUGGCCGGCAAUCGCCUUCAGUGAAGAAUUGCUAUCCAUCUAUCCAGAGGCGAAGGUAAUUUUGCCAUCCAGAGAUGUCAAUUCCUGGCAUGCAUCUGUGCUAAAGACCGUCUACUGGCGUUCUCAAGACCCCGAGCUAAGACUUGCGUCUUUUGUGGAUUGGGGAGCUGGUCUCUAUUAUCCGAUGCUCAAAAAUUUCUUCGAAACAUUCUUUGAGGGCGAUUUUCCCAAUAGAGGAAAGGCAAUCUUCCACAGGCACUACGAAGAGAUUCGCGGUCUUGUGCCCGCGGACAAUUUGCUAGAGUAUAAUGUCACACAAGGAUGGGGUCCUCUUUGCGAUUUUCUUGGGAUAUCAAAGCCAACUGAGGACUUCCCUCGUUCAAAUGACGUGGAGAGCUUUGUGUCUCGUUGCAAGUCUCGAAAUAGGAGGCAGAUCGCAAAUGGCUUACUGAGAUACCUUGUUAUUGGACUAUGUUUGGCGCUUCCACUCUCCAUCAUAAUGUACAUAGCGAAUUAA